CCGUUCAAGCCGCACACAACAGUCGUCUGCAAUAGAGGAGACGUUACGUGAUACAGUGAGGCCGUUCUGUAACCCUUAGAUAACGUGCCUGGGGGAAAGACUCCAUUCAAAAACACACAUUCAGCCGCUCGUCGUCCGCCAGUGCCGAUUCUUGUGGCGUGUAUCUUAUGGGCAGUGUAUUAUAGAGUCUGACUAGUACUCUUGGGCGACACGAGUGCUCAGAUAAGCCAGUGAGUGCCCCGGAAGCAGCAUUGGGUGUAUAAAGAAGUCCAAGCCAAGGGUUGUGUAGCUUUUGCCUCCCCGGUUCGCUGCAAUGUGCUCCAUUCUGCAUCACGUGGAGAUCUGUGUGAGGGAAGAAAAGAGGCUAAUCAGUUUACUGAUUAGAGGCUUUGGAUUUACAAUUAUAGGGCAACGAUUGACCCCCCUAGCCUUGAAGUGGGUUCUUAAGCAUGGCUCUGCUAUCUUUGUUAUCACAAAGAGACAGAAAGAUUGCAAACUUCAAGACAAAUCAACAGAUGACCUCCAUGUUAACCCUCACCAUGAAAAGGAAUGUGUUCACAGCAAUGGUGACACUACUGAUCCUGAGCACUGGACAGUGUUUUGUUGCCAAGAUCAGACAUCUCAUGCCAUUGACUCUGUGUUUAAUGCUGCCCUGGAGGUGAAGGACGUAGAUGAAGUGACCAGGAGAGUGAAAGAAAGAGGUGGUCAUGUACUAAGGGAACCAACAAACAUAAAUGACAGCCAUGGCCAGGUCAGGUACUCUAUUGUGACUUCCUGCCUUGGUAAUGUUGUUCACACACUAAUUGACAAGAAAAAUUACUCAGGUGAAUUUCUUCCUGGAUUCAGGAUUCUUGGAACAAAUAAUUGUGAAUCUUCUUUAGUGAACUCUAAGUCAGAAAAUGGAUGUCACACAAAAGAAUUUGUAUCAAACCCCUGUGAUAUUAGAUCAUACUUGGAAGAAUCUACAAGAAAUGGUGAGGUCUUGGAGGAAACAGCCACACAAGUUGGGGGCCCUGUGUUCACACAUGUGGAUCACAUAGCAUGUGUAUGUGAGGUUGGAAAAUCAAAGGAAUUAAUGGCAUGGUAUGAAUACUGUUUUGGUAUGAAGAGGUUCAUGACAAACCGGGAGGAGAGUGAAGAGGAGGGCUUGGUGCUUGGGGAAGAGAUUGGCAUGCGCCUCAAGGCAAUGGAGUACUGGCGGUGUGCCGAGGUGGGCCUAGCAGUCCCGUCAGCCACCCUUGAAGACUCAGAGCUGAAGAUGGUCAUUGCUGAACCUCUCAGUGGAUUUGAGAAUAGCCAGAUUAACACCUUCCUGAAUGCUCACAAGGGCCCUGGGAUCCAGCACAUUGCCCUGCACACCCCAAGCAUGGCACCCACUGUCAAGUAUGUGUCCCAGCAAGGAGUUGUCUUCAGAAAAGCUCCUCCUACCUAUUAUCAAAAGGGCGUAAAGCUGGAGGAGAUCACAGCAACCGGCCAUGAAGUUGAGCUUGAUCUGUUUCAAGAAUUGGGUAUCCUAUUGGACACGGAGGAUGACAUUUUCUCGGACAUGAAAGAUGGCCAAGGGAAACAGAGGUACCUCAUGCAGGUGUUCACGACUCCUAUCUUUCAAGAGGACACCUUCUUCAUGGAGGUGAUCCAGCGGUGUGGAGCGCGAGGCUUUGGUGUUGGCAACAUCAGUGCACUCGCCCGCUCCAUCAUUCUCUACCAGCAGCAGCAGCAGCAAAACAAACUCAGGUCACCUUCCACAACAUAAGUUAUACAAGUACAGUAAGCUGGUCAGUUAUUAUUUCUCCUUUCUUGUUUUCUUAAUAAUAAAUAUUUAAAUGUG